AUGGCCGACGAAGCAAAUUCUUGCUUGGUAGCUCGGGCUGUGCCAGUCCCACACAAAAAGAAGACUGACAUUGUGGAUGUCGAGGAAUGUCUGAUCGAAAGUAUGACGAAGAUGACAGUCAACCCGGAAAAGAAGUUGUCAGGUUCCAAAAAAGCCAAUGACAUAAACCCCGCUGACUUCGUACAACUCCAGAACCUUCGUUCCAGUGCGUUAGCAAGAAAGACAAACACGACCACCAAGUUCAGCAAAGACAGUGACAGUCUGUUUGAUGACUUGUUGCUGAAAGACACCACUGAUAAAAUCAGCAAAAUCAGUCUAAAGAAAAAGCCACCAGUCGAAAAGGUUGAGAAAGAACAACAAGAUGACAAGAAGGCAGAAGAGAAGAAGGAGAACAAGGAAACAAAAGAAGAAUCCACCAAAGACAAAGAAGAACAAAAGAAAUCCGAUAAGGAAGAUCUUCUCUCUCGAGGUCCAGUUAGAACCUCCCGACCUAACACCCAGUUCCAUCCAUAUGGCCAAAUGGGUAUGGGGUACGAAAACUCUCCUAACAACUACUUGGAUUGGCAAUACCGAGAACAAUUGUCUAACAGUUCCACCCCCGACACUUUCAGUUCGGACCAUGGUUACUCCUCCAGUACCAGUCCUUACUAUCCAUCUGAAUUUGUUAAGAACGACCUGAGGGGAUUUUUGGCUAGUGCUGAAGACAACGAACUCCCUGACGCUCUGUCCGACUUCAUCCUCAAGUAUUCUCGUCGCUACACCAACACUCCACAAACCCACAGUAACUGUGCUGGCACGUCGACCUCAGCCUCUCCGGUUGAGUUGAGCCCCAAAUUCGGAAAUCGACCAGGUUCGGUCGAAUCGAACUUGUGUGAUUCUCCGAUGAGUGCUGGUAGCGCUCCUCAAUCGUCACCAGCUGGUCCACAUGGGGGUAUGACGGGACCACCAACUCCAAUGAGUGGCUACCGUAUGUCUUGUGACAUGAGCACUCUCCGAUCCCAGUUGCCAAGCUCUAGAUUCACAGCCUAUGUUAACAAACAAGGAAAGGCCGAUCCUCCACACAGACCAGCAAAAGACGUUCUCAGAAAACUUAUUCAGGAGGUACACAGUGACUCUCUCGACCAGGCUUGGGCAUGGACCUGCAAGUGUCAACAGUACUACCCUGGAGCCCUGUGUUACCAAGACGGUGACAAAGACACGCUGUUACAUAUUGUGACACAACACAUGGAUAUUCCCAAGAUUUAUGCUCUAGUAGAACAGAUGUUGAAGAUGGACUACUCCAGCCAUGAGAAACCAUUCGACAUGCCCAACAAGGAAGGUGUGACACCUCUAUUCUUGGCUGUCGAAAAGAGGAACAACGUCAUCGUAGAUUACUUGCUGGAAGUCGGGGCCAAUCCCAACACACAAAACGGCCGUUACGAAAGGGAUGCUCCUUUACACUACGCCGCCGGCCGAGGGAUGGUGGACAUUGUAAAGACUAUCUGCUCGUACGGAGUCACCAACAUCAACAUGACCAAUGGGAUGGGCCUCACUCCUUUGUUGUGCGCCAUCAAGAACCAUGGUGUAUUUGAUGAAGAGAGCAAAACGAUAAUCAACAACCUCGACAUCAUCCACGUGCUCCUCAAGUACGGAGCUGACCCCAUGAUUUCCGUAAGUCUAUAUACAGAAUAUUAUACAGUACCAUGGAAUUAUACAAUAUUUUGACUAAUUGUGUUUUAAUUUCAGGACUCGACCAAUGGUCGCACAUCCAUUCAUUAUGCUAUUGACAGGCUUUCCACAGACAUUCUUGAUGUAAGUUUUCUCUGUUUUUAUUUUUUAUAUUGUUUGAUAGCUAAAAACUUUUUUUAAUUACAUAUUGUUGUAGGUCUUCAAAGACAACGUUGAGGAAAGUGUACUGACAUUGCUGAUCAACCAGACCGAUAACAACUGUGAGACACCACUGGAAGCCGUCCAAUCCUUGGAGGGUGACGAUGGUACUAAACAGAAGCUAGGCCUGUCUUUGAUCAUGUGUGGAGCUAGCAGCGAGUUGCCAUCGCCAGGCGAUUACAACUAA